AUGAGUCAACCCAAUGGGCAGGAAGUGUUAUGCAUCGGCUUCGGGGCUUUAGGAGUGAUGUAUUCGUGGAGUGAGUCCAUCAUGCCUGGCGGGCGAUCUGCGGAGAGAGAUGGUGAGCUUAGAGAAGCUCAUCCCUACCACCCACAGUCCUAGAGAAGAGUGGCUUGAAGGUCACCGCCAUCACCCGACCGCACAUGCUUGACACUUUGCAGUCCCAGGGCAUCACCAUCGAAAGCGAAAAGUGAGAUGAACUUCAUUUUGGGACUGUGGCCCCCAAAGUAGCGGGGACCGGUGGGAUUUGCAAUCCGCGUCCGCCGUGGGCUUUGAUAAGAUGCUGACCUUGCCUCGACACGACUCAACAUUAACCGAAUCCCACCCCCACCCGGCGACCCCUCUGGCUGCCUGAUCCCCUUUACGACCUGUGACUGUCAGAUUCGGAACGAUCAAAAACUGGAAGCCCCAUAGAUUGGUCGGCGACGCCGCGCACGCCAACGACCGAUCGUAUGCCUACAUCGUCUGCUCGUUCAAAGCAUUGCCGGACCUGGUACCGACUGCCUCUCUCGUGGCCCCGUUCAUCGAGGGCGAGCAUGCGCAAGAAAAACCACCGACCAUCGUGCUGUUACAGAACGGGAUUGGCAUCGAGCACCCACUGCAGCUGACCUACCCACACGUCCCCAUCAUCUCUGUCGUCGCUUGGAUCGUAAGUUUGGCCCCGUGAAUCUGGCCGUGCUCGCGCGCGCCCUCCGUACACGGUGCACGGUCUUCUUCAUGCACACAUCACGUGAAGUGCUGACUGCAAGCUGCUUUGUGCGAAAUCACUAGGGGGCCAACCUGCUCAAGGAAGGCGACGCUAUCCGCGUCACUCAUGGUAAACUAGAGCGUCUGGUCAUGUCCGUCCCCUGCUUCACCUGUGCUCUUCCCCCCAUGGUCACGAUACUUACCCGGAAAAACUGCCCUGGCGUUGCAGAGGUCUCUAUACGGGCGAAGGGCGUUCGACCACCCGAGGGGUCGCGGAAGAUGACUUUGCCGAUCCUGCGGGCUACAUCGAUGAUCCGGAUCGGAAGCGAGCGGGCCUCACUAGCACGGAUCAAUUCGCGAAUGCCCUGCGAGCAGGCGGUGGAACGGUGGAAGUCGCCGCCGAGAUCCAGGCAGCUCGAUGGCUGAAAGCAUUGUGGAACUCUGCACUUUCCAGCCUGUGCACUCUCUCGCGAUCCACUGUCUCGGCGCUUCUUGCCCCGGAAGUGCUGCCGUUUACCCUUCCCGUCACCCGCCGGACCAUGCUCGAGGUUCUAUACGUUGCGAGGGCUUGGGGGUACUCUGAGGAAGCUGUGCCAAUGAAGGCCAUCGACGAUACGCUCCGGAUGACUAUCCAAUUGUAUGCGCCCCAACCAACCAAGAAUUCGGGAGCAGCUCCGACCUCGGACGUCGUCAAUGAGAAGGCCGACUCCUCCCGACGGGCCACACAGAAUUUCAAGCCUAGCAUGCUCUUGGAUGUGAGUUGACGCUGACGAGAAAACCUGGUCUUAUUGAAACCUUGAUGCCGGGAUGUUCAUACGAGUCAAAGCUUUUUGAUCUGAACUCAGAUCGAAUAUGGGCGUCCUUGCGAGCUUGAGCCAAUCAUCGGCUCCAUCCUGGACCGCGCUCGAGCGCGAGGUGUCGCUACACCCCGACUCGACCUUGUCUACGCAACGUGAGUUUCCAAGCUCCUCCUCGAUCUGCUGAUUGAGGUAGCUGAUGCUCAUGCAUGUACGGGCAAUGUUACCAGGCUCAAGGUCCAGCAAGACAGUGCGCUGAAAGCCUCAAGCCAGCGACAAGAAAACCAAGAGCACAUCAACCGAUGGACCCAUCGAAAACCGCCUAUCGCCGGUGCGGUAGACACGCAUGCGUGGGACCGGCCCGCGCCCAAACUUGGCAGAUUCAAUUCCAUGGACGCUGGUGGCGACAUCUUGAGCACGAGGCCGGAUAAGAAACUGAGGGGGAAGCCGGUGGAUCUCGAUCUGGCUUGA